CUAGCUAUCACCACAUUAGUUUUUAAGCCAGCGCUAACUAUGCGAUUUAAAAUAUGCUAAUGCAUUAUAGGCCACUGUGUUUGCUUUAAAUGUUCAACUGUGUAUUGGCUGAACCCAUUGACCGCUGCCUAUGUACAACCAGUGUUGGAGCUGUAUGCCAUUCCCAGUGUCAACAUUACAAGGUCGAAUUUGAAGAUGGGAUACAUGAGAGUAGAGGAGCACAACUCCACCCUGCUCCACCUGAAGAGAUCCCCGGGCAUUCGUUCCUGGUCUCUUCUUGUUGGUAUAGCAUCUGUUGGCUUGGCAGCAGCAUACUACAGCUCAGCAUCCUGUGGAAGCUUUUCUACGUGACUGGCUCUCUGUUUGUGGCCAUGCAGAACAUGGAGGAAUGGGAGGAGGCCGUGUUUGACAAAACAAAGAACCUGAUUGAACUGAAGACCUUUAGCUUGUACAAUGUAGUCCUGACAUUUUGGAGAAAGGGGCAAGAGAAAGUUGUGUUGGAUCUGACACAGCUGUGUGAUAUCUGCGUCCAGGAGGAGAAGGUACGUUAUUUGGGGAAGGGUUACCUGCUGAUGCUGCGGCUGGCUGCAGGCUUCUCCUACCCCCUAACCCAGAGUGCCACACUUGGGGGACGCAGUGAUGUGGAGGCACUGGCUGCACUGCUGAAGCGCUUCCUGGAGCUGGAGGAGCUGGAGCAACGCAGGCACCAAGACGAAGAGGCAGAGUAUGGAGAGGAUGAGGGAGAUUCUCUGGACAACAGCAGUCAGUCAGAUGAUGAAGCACACACACUCUGAUCUCUCUGUGACUAGCAACCUU